AUGCAGAACAACUUACUGGUCCGUCUACACUGCGCAGGUACUACAGCUCUGACCGUCUGUGACCUCCCUCGACCGACCAGGGUGCCCUUCAACCGAACGCUGGACAUAAGAUCUGCUGGCUUCACAGCGAACGGCAUGCGGUGGUGUUGUUUCCCCGGACUGCUGGUGUUGGCGGCGUCGCAUGCGUUUGACGCUGGCGAACAAGAAUCUACGGCUUCUACGUUUCUCGAGCUCGCCCGUGAGCGCUUUGAGGCCCGGAACGGCAGGCCGGCCACCUUCGAGGAGAACGCCUUCGCCUUCGAUGGCUUGCAGCUCAUCAGGGUGCCGAAGGCCGGCAGCAGCGAGGCCAGCGUCAUCGCACGGCGGCUCGGCGGAUGCGUGCCUCGAGGCCCUUGCUGCCGGUUCCCCGGAGACCCUCCCGGGAGUUGCCCGCUGGAAGGCCUCAUGUGCCCCAUGGUGACGGGGUGCACCAGCCACAGGAUGGACCCGACGACGACCGCGAUGCUGGAGGACCCUGGCGUGUUUUCGAUGACCAACAUCCGCGGUGUGGUGGACCGGAUGGUCUCGGGGUUCUUCUACACUGAUCCGCACUCUCCUCCGUGCGCAUGGAAGGACGACGUGGACUACGAGGCCUGUUUUCAGAAAAUGAUAACCACUCGGAAGUUCCAGAACAUCGCGGCGAGAAUGGUGUCGGGCCACGACGCCUACAAAGGCGGCAUCAGGCUCUGCAUGGACAAGGAUCAGGAUGAAGGCGGGGAGGGGGUGUGCGUGGAAGACCUGGAGUCCGUGAUAAGGGGCGCGUGCAACUUGAACUUCGUCACCAUGUGUGAGACGUGGGAUUCGUCCGUCCUUCUAUUGUUCGAGACUUUGCCGUGGCUGGGCCCGACUGCAGAUUUCUUCCCCGCUCCGAAGCGCCAGCACCGUCAACUGCCGUCGAUUGGAGACGCAGAUGCACCCGCGCCGCCCGAAGCUCCCGCUGCCUCGGGUCGCUCGCGCCAAAACACCGGCGCGAAGCACGAAGAAGGGAUAAAGCACAUCACACCCGAGCUGAGGGAGGCGGCCAGCAGCGCCAACGCGGUCGACGAAGCUCUUCACGAGUUUGUUUCGGCCAAGUUCUGCGAACGGCUGAGGGAAGCUGGGUUGCUGCACCACCCCUUGGUGGCAGCACAGCUGGCCACCUACGAGCCGCUAGAUCACAGGUGCAACGACGAGACAUGGGCGAAAGAAACCCUGGAAAGAUUUGCGCCGAUCACUCCGCGGGAGUGUAGACUCUACGAGCCGUUUGAGAAACCGUGAGGAUCUACACAGGGCUCCCCUUCGGGAGUCUGGUGGCUUGCUUCCUGCGGGUGACGCAUGAGGGCAUGGCCAAUGCUAUCACGGUUGCAUCGGUGGAUGUCAACGUUCGGCAGUGCCGGUUUCCGUACAACCUGCAGAAAGUGCGUCAGUGCGAGAUGUCAACAACGUUUUUUUUAAUUGCGUCGUGAACCGUUCUCGUCUGCGCGAGUGUGUGCGUUUAAGCCAGCGGCCCCUUCGCCGCAGAUACUUCUGCUGUAACCCGGUGCAUUUCAUAGGUCGCUCCUUUGUAUGAGUACCGUGUUUCUCGUGGUCUGUGGUAACGUGUAUGGGUUGCGCAUAAUCUAUUCUUGGUACUUAAUGGAAAAAUUGUGUUGUAUUCCUUG